GAAAAACAACCCCACCUUGGCCAUCAGCUGACUUUUGUUCAUGAGGUUCUUGGGUCCUAUGGGCUUUGGGCUUCUGCAGUGUGCUGUUCAGCUGGCCACACUGUGGAGUCUGGUCUUCACUCUGAAACAAGACCUUCGAGAUGUGUGUGCAGAUGCCUUUUCUAACAGUUAGGGGGUGACUUUCCCUCACUUGUGAGCUUCCUGCCUCACUUCUGAGCUGCUCUCAAGCAGUGCUCAGGCCUAGACAUUGAGCCAACUCAAAACUGAUUGUAAUCUCAUGGCUCCUGCUCCCACAUGCCUGGAUACACACCUGAGUUCCUCUUGACAUAUUUGCAAUUGCUGCCGCUGUACAAGGAGGCUGUAGAAUGAGGAAGGAAUCUCCAGCAAAAUACCUUGUUGACACACAACACCUUGAUGAGGAUCAAACACAAUGUGAAUGUGGGAGCUUUGGGUGGAGGCCCCUCUAAAGAAACACUGGGAGAAACUUGUUCCUUAUUGAGGUGAAGGAGCACUGGCAGGGGCUGCCCAGAUGGGCUGUGGAGUCUCCUUCUCUGAAGACAUUCCAGACCCACCUGGGUGAGUUCCUGUGUGACCUGCUCUAGGUGGUGCUGCUCUGGCAGGGGGGUUGCACUGGAUGAGCUUUCCAGGUCCCUUCCAGCCCUUAAGAUUCUGUGGUGCAGCUGUGGUGCCACCUCAGGUCCAUUGGCACUACGAUGGAAUAAUGCAAGACUGUUGUUUGGCUUGGGCAGCUCAUCACCCUCAGCAAGGUCACAGAAUCUCACAAUGGUGGGGGUUGAAAGGGGCCUUUAGGGCUCAUCCAGUCCAUCCUCUCUGCCAAAGCAGCUCCACCUAGAUCAGGUCACACAGCAAGGUGUCCAGAUGGGUUUUGAAGCCCUCCAGAGAAGGAGCCUCCACACUCUCCCUGGGCAGCCUGGGCCAGGGCUCCCUCACUGAAGCACUGAAAGAGUUUCCUUAUGUUUCAGUGGAACUUUUUGUGUUCCAGCUUCAUCCCAUCACCCCUUGUGCUGCCACUGCACUAGAAUGCUUUUCAGAUGCACCCAGGUUUUGCAGUGUUGCUUUUAAAAGUGCUCCAGCAGUUCUUUUGGCUCAGGAUCCCACUCUGUAACCAAAAACCGCCAGUGACUGACUGUCCCUGCAGUUUGGGCCACUGCCAUGUCUCCACAUCUCACUGUGAAGCUUAGAUUGGGUGUUCCAACGUGUUCUGUGACACAUUCAUGUUGGGGAUCGUCCCAUUAAGAGCUGAGGUGGGCAAUUGCAAUGAGUGACACUGUCCUCUCUGAGCUCAGGGCUUGUACCACCCCACAAUGCUGCUGCUGCUGCUGGGGGAUGAGAGAAAACUGAGCUCUGGUUCUGAGCCCGCUGGUUAAGAGCAUUGCCACAGAGACCUGUAUGUGAUUGCGUGGUGGGGAAAGAAUUAAACAAAAGCUGACUAGCUGUUCCACCCUCCUAAGGAGGAUUUGCAGGAUUUAAGCAAAUCUGCUGGAAUUCCUUGAUCUGACUCCUGUUCCUUACAGCCCGAGUGCUGCACCAGCUCUGGGUGCUUGCUGGCAUCUACCUCUCUAGGCUCACGGCUCUUACGGAGGAAGCUCUGAUGUUUCAGCUGGUUUGGAUUCCAGAGGGCCAAGACCAUUUGAGAAGGUGAUACUUCUGCUCAGAAGGGUCAGUGCAGAGUAGUGUGGGAAAAUGGAGACAGGAAGGCUCUGCAGGGAAUCAGUGAUUGUUACAGACCUGAGCUUGCAUCAGGCUGAGAAGGGGGUUUGUGUGAGGCAGUGGGCUCGUGUGUUUACAACUACUUCAAACUUGCCCACACAAGGAAGUUGGAGCUGGGUUUUACCUUCUCUUUAGACACAUUACCCAUCUAAGCUGCCACAGUUACAUUGGUCUCGUUUCCCUCUUGGCCCUCCUGGCUGCCUUGGAGAGGGCCAUGCAGCCACGAGAAGCUUCUGAGAGUCCGAGCUCCACCUCUCAAGAAAAUGUCAUUACAUGUGCAAGGAAACCUGGGGAUGGCUUGGCCAGAAGACAAUAGUUCCUGCCAGGGAGGAGACAACUGCAAACGCCACUGUUAUCACUGCAGUGUGCCAUUCCUCCAGAAACUGAGCACCAAAGGUGGGCUGCUCCUGCUUUUGAUGCGCUGGGUUAGUGUUUCCUUCAAAAUCACUUUAUCUAGGAAAGCCUUGCCUUGAGAGGGAAGCAACAUAGAAGCUGCUGUGAGAGAAAGCCACUGCAGGCUUCUGCUAGAGGUUUUAAACCCUCUUAAUACAUGUCAGAAGGCUAAACAGUCGAGUGUCUUCUGGGAGCUCUGAAGGGACAUCAGCAACCUCUGCUCCUGACUAAGGAGCUGGUUCCUCUGAACACGAGUGAUCUUCUGUUCCUGCCUCCAGUAGAUCCUCUCCUUGUGUCUUCCCUGGAGUAAGUGGUUCUAAAUUCCAGCACAUUCUCCUGUUUUAAUCUUGUUUCGCUCCUUUUUGCCAGUGCUGUAGCAUCUGAAGCUAUUUCCAUCCUCCUGCCCUGAGCUCCCGCCUCCCUCGCCACGAGGACAGAGGAGAUUUGCUUCUCAUUAACCGAGCGUCAUUCUUGUCCAAAUCCACAGUGUGCAGAAUGCCCCGUGGUACAAAUCCACUCCAGAAAGGGCUCCUCCCUCCCACUCAGCAGCUCCUGUGAGAGCCAACCUCUGGUGCCACUGCCUUGUGUUUGGUGAGUGGCGGAGGAUGAGGCAACACGGAACUGUCGUGUGAAGUGAGCGAUGGGCAGUGAGGGAGGGAGACGGAAAAAGACAGGGGAGUUUCAUCAGCUCAUUCCUUGUUCUUAUGCUGAAGGUGUCUUUGGAAGUGCUGCUUGGCAGACUUGGCCAGAAGUGAGCUCAUUUCUUAAGGUGACCUUCAUGUUUCGUGCUGCAGAACGCCGGGAGUUAAUCCCCCUGGAGUCGGGAUAUAAAUGUGGGCAAUGCCCAUUGGGCUGAAGGAGCAGCACCAGGGGAUGUGUAAGAAACAGAGGGGAAAAGAGCCAAGAAUGGACAGCUUCAAAUGGACCAAAUCCCUUCUGAGGUUUAAAACUGGCUGUAGCCUCUAACCCUAAUUCAGAUGGAGGAGCAGUAAACUGCAAGGGCUAAAACCCACCCCAUAGGAGUCUCAAAACCAGUAAGCUGCAAACACUGAAAAUGAACCCCAUGGCACUGCAGUAACGAUCAGCCCUCUGGAAAGCAUCCUAGCCAGUCGAGGGAAAACAACUUCACAGCCCAAGGUCAAGGAGAGGCUUGACAGAAAAGGUCUCUGGAGGCAGCAGCCGUGGCAGCAAGACCCAGGGCUGAGAACGGGGCACGGAGCCCGGGCAGGGCUGCGCCACCCCCGGCCGUGCCACCAGGACAGACACGGCCGCUGCCCCACAGCAAGUUUUGCGGCUCCCAGUUACCUGCGUUCAAACGCCGGGAGAGUUUGACCUCAGGAAGCUGCGAGCGGCUCAUCGGGAGGAGGCAGCGGCGGGGGGGCGGGGGAUAAAGUCCAGAUUCCUUCCAACGAGCCUGAUCUCCGGCAAAGGAACGAAGGAGGAGAAGAGCCGCGGAGCGUGAGCGGGGCGAUGAGGCGCUCCCGCAGCUCGGGGCGCGGCGGCCGGCGCUGCCCAGCGCGGAGCGGUCCGUGCCCCGCGGCACCGGCUCGGCCCCGCAGCCCCAGCGCCCUGUGAUGCCCGGAGCAGCUCCUGCCCGCUUUGCGCCGGAGGCAUGGAGAGCCCCAGCGUCCUCGAGCUCCUGGUAGAGCUCUGGAGCGUGUUGUCCUGUCUCAGAUGUGUGGAGUCUUUCCUGGGAUCCCAGCCCAGCCAAAACCAUUUGCAGAGUGCAGCGUCCGGCGCGUGCGGGGCCGGGCCCGCGGGCUACUACAACGGCUCGGUGUCGGUGACGGAGGCCGGGGCGCCCUGCCUCAGCUGGGCCGAGUUCCCCGACUACGUGCAGCAGUACCCGGCGCGCGGGCUGGGCGCCCACAACCACUGCCGCAACCCCGACGGCGGGACCACCCCCUGGUGCUUCUUCCGCCUGCCCUCGGGGGCCAUCGCCUGGGCCAACUGCGACUGUCGCCACGGUGCCGUGCGGCUGGCUGAGGACAGGAGCGUGGAGCUGUACUUCAAUGGGCUCUGGGGCACCGUCUGUGCUGACCACUGGACCGACUGGGACGCCAGCGUUGUCUGCAGGCAGCUGGGUCUCAGUGAGAUCGGCACAGGAGGGAAGAAGAGCCAGCCCGGACUGUGGCCUGUUCCCCUGCACCUGCAGGCAGCCAACUGCCACGGGGAUGAGGAAGCCCUGCUGCAGUGUGGCUAUCAGGAAGCUGGGGCAGGAGCUUGCACCCAGGGCGUUGCUGUGGUAGCCUGUGUCCCUCCAGAAGGUGUAGGUGCCCCGCUGCGUUUAGCUGGGGGAAAGGAGAGCUUCGAGGGGCGCGUGGAGGUUUACCAUGACGGCAAGUGGGGCACCAUCUGUGACGACCAGUGGGACGACCGGGAUGCUGAAGUAGUGUGUAGGCAGCUGGGACUCAGCGGGAACCCAAAGGCCUUGUCGUGGGCUCACUACGGGCAGGGCUCCGGCCCCAUCCUGCUGGAUGAAGUGGAAUGCUCAGGCAACGAACUCUCCCUCGACCAGUGCAAGAAGAGUGACUGGGGCCAGCAGAACUGUGACCACAUUGAAGAUGCUGGUGUGUCCUGUGACCCUUUCACAGAGGGCACUGUCAGGCUGGCUGGUGGCCAGGGCCCCCACGAAGGCAGAGUGGAAGUGUACUACAGCGGGGACUGGGGCACAGUGUGCGACGACGGCUGGACAGAGCUGGCUGCCCAGGUGGUCUGCAGGCAGCUGGGCUUCAGUGGUCCUGCUACUCUGGCCUCUGAAGGGGACUAUGGUGCUGGCCAAGGCUUUAUCUUACUGGAUGAUGUGGCUUGUGUGGGGACAGAGCUGUCCCUCCUGGACUGUCCCCACAGCAACUGGGGCCAGCACGACUGCUCGCACACCGAGGACGUGGGAGUCCGCUGCUCCCCGGAGGGCAACACGCUCAUGGACGGCAGCCUGGGGCCUCCUGUACGGCUGGUGGAUGGAGAAAGCACCAAGGAGGGACGGGUUGAGGUGUUCCUGAACGGGCAGUGGGGCAGCGUCUGUGACGAUGACUGGACAGACAGAGAUGCUGCAGUGGUUUGCAGGCAGCUGGGAUUCAGUGGCACAGCCAAGGCCAGGGCAAUGGCUUACUUUGGCGAAGGCCAUGGGCCCAUCCAUCUGGAGAAGACAGAAUGCAGUGGCACGGAGCACACGCUGGCACAGUGUGCCAGGCCUGGCAGUGGGGCUCCCAGCUGCUGGCACAGCGAGGAUGCUGGUGUCAUCUGUGACUACGUGGAAGAGAAGGUCCACGAUAUCAGCAGAACAGGUCCAGAGUCGCAGGUGUGUGGGAUGCGCCUGCUUCACCGCCGCAAGAAGAGGAUCAUCGGUGGCAACAAGUCUCUCAGGGGCGGCUGGCCGUGGCAGGCCUCACUGCGCGUCAGGGGCUUCCACCCAGACACGCGCCUGCUGUGUGGAGCGACCCUGGUCAGCAGCUGCUGGGUGGUGACUGCGGCCCACUGCUUCAAAAGGUUCGGCGUGGACGUGCGGCGCUACGUGCUGCGCGUGGGCGAUUACCACACGGGCGUGAGGGACGACUUCGAGCGGGAGCUGCCCGUGGAGCGCGUUGUCCUGCACAGGAACUACUGGGCCGGCGGCAACGACAACGACAUCGCGCUGGUGCGGGCGCGGGGCCGGGCCGGGCGCUGCCUCGCCUUCAACCGCCACGUGCUGCCCGUGUGCCUGCCCGGCCGGAGGGACAGGGCCCACGUGGACAGGCAGGCCUGCGUCAUCUCCGGCUGGGGAGACACGGGCAAGUCCUACUCGAGGACUCUGCUGCAGGGGGUGGUGCCCCUUCUGCCACGGGAGGACUGCGAGGCGCGCUACGGGCACAAGUUCACCACGCGCAUGAUCUGCGCCGGGAACCUGUCGGAGCACAAGCGUGUGGACAGCUGCCAGGGCGACAGCGGAGGGCCCCUCGUGUGCCAGAGGCCAAACGGACGCUGGGUCAUCCUGGGGAUCACCUCCUGGGGCUACGGCUGCGGCAGGAAGGACUCCCCCGGCGUCUACACCAAGGUCAGCAAAUACGUGCCCUGGAUCAAGAGAGUGACCAAGCUGAAAUGAAACCUCCUGGCUCUGGGGACUUUGGCGGGUGUUCCUCUCGCCCCGCAGCAGCUGUGGCACCCGGCUGCCACUGAGGGACAUUGGCUUUGUCGUGGGACGCUGGGAGGAGACCUUAACGUAGAGCUGGGAGGAAAACGCCUCAUGGGUCGUGUUUGGUGUCUUUGGUCUCGCUUUAGCCUGUUGUCUCUGGGCGGCUGCACGCCGGGAAGAACGAUAAGCCUGUGCUGCUCUGACCCUCCGAGCCCUGUAACGUGGUCACACUCACUCCGUGGCACAGGGGGGACACAGACCUGCCUCUGCGCAUCUGCUCCCCUUUUUGUGUGCUUGCACAGGGCAGGUGCUGAGCAGGGAGAGCUGAGGCGCUCGGAGGACGGCACCAGGCUCUGGCGUGGCGGAAAUCUUCCCAUAGCUUUUCCUCACAGCUCUCUCCAGGCCCAGGAAUCGGGAGGUUUAACCUCAGCCGAGGAGCACGUUGCGUUUUCUUUUGCCAACGGUUGGAUUUUUUCCCUUCCCCGUUAUGUCUCUAGGGGGAACCUUUUCUCUCCGAAUCCUAGGCCUGCUCCCAUCCCAUCCCUUUGAAGUGUCUGUCCCUGCUGCUGUAACGCCCUCUGACGCGUUUCCAGCUGCCAGAUGCCGUGGGUUUAUCGCUGCUCUCUCAAUACAGUGACUCUCCCGUUUG